AUGGCGGGCGAUUUUAGAUUUAUUAUGAAGAGCGGACAUUUUCUAUGCGGCUCAUUCGAAAAUAAGAUACAAAGUAUACCACUUGUAGCAGAUAUUGCAGGUAUAGAAUCUACUGCAAAAUUCGUCUUAAUUGUUGAAAAAGAGGCAAUUUUUCAAAGAUUACUGGACGGAAAUAUUAAAGAUAAACUUAAUUCAUGCAUCGUAAUUACCGGUAAAGGUUAUCCAGAUAUGAGCACACGUUUAAUGAUUCGCUUUUUAUGGGAUGCCUUAAAAUUACCAACUUUCGUAUUGACUGAUGCAGAUCCAUAUGGUCUAGAAAUUUUUUGCGUUUAUAAAUAUGGAUCGAAGGAAAUGUCUUUCGAAGCCGAAAAUCUCUGUUUUCCGUUAAUAAAAUGGUUAGGAGUGCUACCAAGUGAAUUCAACAAGUAUACUAACGAUAAAAUACCUAUAUCUAAGACUAUAUUUCACACAUGGCGAAAUAAAUAA